GUGGCCCCACUUAGAGCAAGAGAAGUAAUCCGCGGGAACAAGUUAUCCUCCUUAUCAGUGUGUGUGGUUUUUUUUCCUGCAACUUUACAGUUCUUGCAUCUAUCUGUUUGAGACCUGACCAGUGUAAGCUCCUCCCACCGAUUUCACAACCUCAGGAUAUAGUUCAGUCGUCUGUGUCCACAACUGGCCUUUGAAACCUUGCUGAUCACAGUGACUGUGCAUAAAAAAAACAAGGGACACGAUGACACCACUGGACGGCAUCAUGGACAGCCAGGUCUUCCUGGCAUUUUUCACUUACGCCACUAUUGUCAUACUGAAGAUGAUGCUCAUGUCACACCUGACGUCGUACUACCGCCUUACAAAGAAGGUGUUUGCAAACCUAGAGGACACCAAACUCUUGUCGUCAACAGUGGACAAGAAAUUGAUCGGCACAGAUCCCGAUGUUGAACGUGUCCGCAGGUGUCACCUGAACGACCUGGAGAACAUUGUCCCCUUCGUGGUGGUGGGCCUUUUCUACGCCCUGACUCAACCUGAGCUUUCGUGCGCUCUGCUUCACUUCCGCGUGUUUGCCGGCUCAAGGAUCUUCCACACCAUCGCCUAUGUCGGCGCUCUGCCUCAGCCCUGCAGGGGUCUGGCCUAUUUGCUGGGAGCGCUGGUCAACGUGUCCAUGUCUUUCAAGGUGCUCAGCGCUGUCCUUGUCUUGUAGAGACAACAAUAGACCACCGCAAUACAUUCAGACGUGGAAAAAUCUGAAAAAGCUUAGCCUCAUCAUGGUUAAUGCUAUUUUUAACACAAAUCAGACUUGACUUUUGAUUUAAAAAAAAACAAAAAAAAAAACUGUCUUAUGUCUGAAUUUUGCCUUCCCCACACUGUAUUAGUCACAUCUUUCCAUAGAUAUUCAAUAGGAUUAAGAUUGGGACUCAUAAAGGAUCAUUUCAGAAUAGACCAAUGUCAAUGCCAUUAUCUUGUUGAAGGACCCACAAACUGACUGUGGCUGAAUUUUCCACCAUUUCGCAGCAUUUUUUUUCCAUCCAGAUGCCUUGAUAGUUUUGAAAUUGUUUUGUGCCCUUACGUACACAUACAGUAAGUGAGUGUCCUCCGUGUUUUUAUCGUUUGGGUUAGGGUUAGACUGGAAUUUCGUUCGAACCUCAUGUCGAAUGACAAUAAAGAAUCUUGAAUCUUGAA